AUGGGUGAUGGAGGAGAAGGUGGAGGUUGUGGUGAUGCUGGAGUGGAGGUAGAAGAAGAAGACGAAGAAGAAGAAGAAGAAGAAGAAGAAGAGGGGGAAAGAGCAAUUUGGAUUGGUGGAUGGAGCCGGGUCUCGACCUUCACCGCGGCGUGGGCCCGUGACAGCAACGCUUGGUCCUAUCCCACAGAGAUCGACCGUCCCUACAUAUGUAUCAAUGAGUACCGCACCAGUACGGAGUACUCCAUGCUCGUAUCAGUUCGUAACUCAAAAGUGGUUCACGGAAUGGUGGAGAUCCUGCCGCUUGUACCCUACCAAUACCCCAAGCGGUGGUUGAUUAUCAGCAUGCUCGCUCGGGAGAAGGACCAGAAUGGUCUCUGAUUCCUUCAAUAAAGGGUGACCUGAAGAUUCCCUCUGGUGACAGUGUCAGACGGGCGACCAAACACAGAUGACUGUUGUUCUGAAGGUCUCGAUGGUAAUUGACUGGCGAUGGUGGAUAGGAGGACAGAUUUAGGCAAAAU